GUCCCUGACCGCAGGAGAGAAGGUAGUUUUGCUGUGGGCACAUUGGUCUUCAAUACGAUCCUCCUGUCUCAGCCUCCCAGGCGGUUGCCAGCCUCCCUCCGAAGGUUUCCUGAUAUGAACACAGUUUUUCCAAAGAUUUUGCAAGCGUAUGUUGGUCUCUGCGUUAAGUGACUGGGACUGAAUCUUAAGUUCAUUCACCACAGGGAACGCUCCGCGAUGAAACCUCAUCCACAGAGCAGUCCCCCUUCCCUUCCUAUGCCUUCUGUGUCCUGCAGGCCAGGUCAGACCCAAAAACCAAAAGACUGGAAUUGGCAUUUGGACCCUGAGCUGUGGGCAAGAUCGGUUCGACAGCAGUUGAAUACCUGCCUCCGCUUUAUGCUGGAAGAGAGGAAGGUACCUUUGUCUCCCGAAAUCCCAUGGUUUGAUACCCUUCAGUCUGGGAUCGCUGGAUGUAGCUGCAGCGGACAAGAACACUCCUGGGACUGUCAGGAGAAACAGGAGCAUCUUAAGGCAGUGGUUGAAUCAGAACAGCGGAACAUGCUGGAGCUGCUGCUGUCUGAGCUUAAAUCUCUGUUCUCAGCUGUGCUGCAGGAUGGCAGUUGUGAAGCUUGGCACUAUUUGCAUGCAGUACUGGGCCUGUUGCCUCCAUACCGUGAGAUGCUAGCUGGUCAACUCCAGUUGCUGCCCUUCCUGGAGCAGCUGUACUGCUGGGCACCCAAGGUGCAAGCCUGGCUCCAGCUGGACCUGCUAGAUGCUAUAGACAAGGCCUUCCCCCCAGACAGUUCUUUGUUACAUAGUUCCUCCCAUGUUGACUGCAGUCCCUGGAUGAAACGGUUUCAUCGGGGACCCCCAUGCUCAGCAUGCCCUUUUGUGAAGGCUCGGUGGGACCAGCAACAAAAAAAGGAAUUGGCCACGUGGCUACGACCAUUGACACUGCCUGAGCUACAGCACUGUCUGGGCAUUGUUGGUGCUGAGGUGGCCCUAGAAGAGACCCCGUGGCUGGACAGCCUUAGUCUCUUGCCCUUGGCACUGGCUACGGACAUCCCUGUACAGUAUGAAAGCAGUGAUAUUGGGCAUGCAGAACCAGCGCCUGCUGGGAGAAAACCUCAGCUUGCCUCUGAAGCUCCUGAGAAGGCCCUCAAGAGGAAAAGCCCUAGGACUUCCAUCUUGAGAAGUCAGGUGAAAUCCCUUCUGAAUAGAGACUGGUCCCAGAAGAAGAUCCAUUUCCUUUAUCUCAACGUGGCUUCUGAUCGGCACUUUAACCCUUACAAGCUGGUGGUGGUGCCACCGAACGAGGUGAAUCCUGAACACUACAUUUUCUCUCCCUUUGGGAUCCUGCAUGUACAUCCUGUGGAAGGCAGUGAAACAAUGACACUAGCCACUUGGCACCGCGACACUGCUCUCUGGCACGAGCUCCAGCGCAUCCCAUUCUUUAAGAACUGCCUCUUACGAAAGGCAUUGACCUGUUGGAGGAAAAAUGUGAGGUUUCGUGGGCUGCAUCGGAUCCAGACUUUCCUGAAGACUCAUCUGCUGUUGGCUAUUCCUCAUUUUGGAGCUGGGAUGCUCCACAUUAACAGGCUUCUUCAGGAGUUUCGUUCUGUGUCCUGGCUACCCAAGGAGCCAGAUAAGAGCUAUGUGCUGAGGGACCUGAAGAAGGCCAUAGCCAAAGAGAACCACAGGGCUCUGCGAGUGCUCUGUCACUUUCUCAAUCUCUGUGCAUCCAUUCUUCAACUGAUUCAUGAAGACACAUAUCAAAUGCAACAGGGCCUGCAGGAGCGAGUGCAGAACUGGAACAGGAUCAGGAAAAGCCAAGGCUCCAUAUAUCUUCAGAGGACGCUGUGCAGGCAACUGGAGAAGAAACUGAAGCAGGCAGAAACAUGGUUGUCAAAGCUGGGAAUGUUUGCCCGCCUGAUUGACUACAUGAUUUGUCAGAACCUUGUUUCCAUCUUAGAAGAUGAAAUAACUUCCUUUAUAGCCAAUAAUCUGCAAGCCCCAAGGCAAAACCCCUUUCUGGUAUCACAGCUGGUCUUUGAUGACAAUGGCCAGUUGUCUCCUAUGCCCCGUGUUGAAUCUAUAAUCCAGAGUCUCAUUAAGAGCCUGCAGUCUAUCAAGACCUCUGCCCUAAAGGUAAUGCAGUCUACAGACCUGAGGACCUCCAGAGAGCCCUUGUAUUCUGAAGACAAUAAAGAUCAGGACUCAAAUACAGAAUUCACAAUUCCCAAGUUUCAUGGAAAGCCCAGCGAUGCUGUUCGCCUCUUCUGUGGCCCGAACGUAGGAUACGUGUGGCCUUGGAAGUCUCAUGCAAUUACUAAUGUCCUGGAAGUCCGUGGGCACCGGCUACGGGGUCAGUAUCUGCAUCCUAAUUAUGACCAUGUACAGGAGGACUUGAACAAGAAUGCUGGAAUCCAACAGGCACUGGCUGUACAACAGGCUCUCCUGGAGGACAUGAGGCAGGAGGUGCAGGAAUUCUGCAAUAAACAGCAAUGGGUAGAAGACAUCUAUGAGUUCCUGAAAGCCUGGAACUCUAAGAAGCUAGAGGACCUGAGAGGCUCUCCUAUCAGUGACUAUGUAAAACUGGUAAGAAAGCUGAAAAAUUGGCAAGAACGUGUCUCCAAUAUGCCUGUCGAGCUGCUGACAAAAAGCAAGUUGCUGCUCUUGAGUGGCCGUGAUGUUCAAGAAGAGUUGGAAUCCAAGUUAAAUAACCUGAGGAAGAACAUUCUUGAACAGGUGAAAGAUGAAUGCUGGAGCCGUAAUCAGCAGCUGAUGAAAAAACUGACAGAGUUCUUGCAGGUCUUCCAAACCAUCAACUUAGACAUUCAUGCCAUUGCACAGUGCUCCCAAAAACUGAAUGAAGCCAACGAGCAAUACUGCCACCUGGAGGAGCAAGUGGAAUAUGUCCGAUCACUCCAUGACCUCAUCCGGAACCACUGUGUCCUCUUCAUUUCUGAGAAUGAGACUCUAGACAUCGCGGUAAGAGAAUAAUAUAAGAAAUUAUUCAUCUCUCCUGGUCUCCCUUCUCUAUAACCACAUCUCAAUUGUCCUCUGCUUGACCCACAGCUUCUGGAUUUAUGGGAGACAUUUCAGUUCGAGAGAAGCCAAGUUUCAGAGUUCCUGCUCAGUAGACGACAUGCCAUUGUGCCCAAGCUGCAGCAGUUGAUGGCAGCAGCAUUGGCAGAGCUGGAAGGCCUGCUAGCGAAGGCACUGUCUGGUCCCUUUAUGGAUCCUUCCCAAGAACAGAGGAGCACUGAGCAACAGCUUGGUGCCUUGGAGAAUCAGUUCCUGAAUACACUCAAUAACUUCAAUGCCCUAUGCUAUGCUUACCGCUCCUUCACCGGGCAUAAGACUACUAUGUCUCCGCCUGCUUCUGGGAACCGGCCUAUAGUACUGCAGCAGCGCAUCUGGAGGCUUUACAGGAUCAUCCACGAAAACUUCAGCGAGUGGAAAUGUGUGGCUUUUAGCAAGUUCAAUCUUUCUAUGGCCCGGGAGAAGACCAAUGCCUGGCUGACAGAGGCUGCAAGGCUCAGCACAGCCCUGGGGCAGCAAAGCCCUGUGCUCCAACGCUGUAUGCGCAUGCUAGAGGAGUUUCGAGCUUACCUGCCCUUGCUUAUCAAGCUGGGCAGCCUGGAGCUGCAGGAUGUUAAUACCCAAUCCCUCUUGAGAGCAUUAGGGCUGGGUGGUCUACAAAGCUUGGACCUCCUUACACUGGGCCGGCUGCUCAAUUGUCCACUGCUGGAAUUCGCAGACCGAAUCAAUCAGGUCUGGCAGCGCGAUAAGGAACGAAUUCAUGCCCAAGAGAUCCUACAGCAGAUGCAGCAGUACUGGGAGGGGCGCCAGCUGCGUCUGCUCAACUUCAUCCUGCAAGUGCCCUACAGGCCUCCAACCUCAGAGCGCUCCAAAAGGCCGGCACUCCGAAGCCCCCAGUGGGAGUUAGUGGGCAAGGAUAGCGGCACCUUCCUCCUCUCAGACUACAGCAGCCUACAAGAUGCCAUCCAGAACAGUCUUCAGGCACUAUUCAAGAUCCUAGCCAUCCAAAAGUCAGGACAUUUGCAUAAAAUAGCUUUAGAGUGGGUGACCAUCAUGUAUGACCUAGGUGCCCUGCUGGAGGUAUGGGUGUCUUUCCAGCAGAAGUGGAUUUUUCUGAACAAAGUUCUUCAUGAGAUGGAGAUCGAAUUUCCUACUGCUGAGCUGAAUGCUCGUUUCAAAGUCAUGGAUGAUCAGUAUCGGACUCUAAUGCGAAUCUCUGUGGCUGAUCCAAUGGUUCUGUCACUUAUAGUGCCCAAUACCAAGAGGAGCCCUUACUUCCAAGGUCAGCAUCUACAGCACCUAUUGAAAGUAGGAUCAGUAGAGCUGGAGGCCAUCAUCAUGGGUCUGGAGGAUGUCCUCUAUGGGGUACGUGCCAACUUCCCCCGCCUUUUCUUCCUCAGUGACAGUGAACUGGUGGCCCUGCUGGCUUCCCCUCUAGAUACCUCUGAGGCCAAGCCAUGGGCACAGCGUUGUUUUCCUUACAUUAAAGCUGUGAACUUCAGGUCCAAAUCAACUAAUAAGGAAAAUAAUGACAAGGAUUCAAAGUCAAGUAUAGAGACUGUGGAGACGAUUUCUGUGCUAGGAGCAUGUGGAGAGGAAGUGAAGCUUCAGGAGCCCCUUCCUCUGUAUCCAGACCUUCCUAAGUGGCUGGCCUCUUUGGAGACAUGUCUACGGCUUGUAGUAGUGAACCUGCUCCAGAGCUGUGUGGCCACCCGCCUUGCUCAAGGCCCAUCCCUCAUUAAGGCAUUGAAGGCAAUGCCUCAACAAAGACAGAUGUCCACACAACUGUAUGUCCAGCAUUGGCUAGAUGCAGUGCAAGUUUUUCCAUGGCAGUGCAUACUGGUGGCAGAGGAGAUAGUGUGGCGAGCCGAGAUGGAGGAGGCUCUGCUUGAGUCAAAGACUAUGCGCCUGAGUUCCAUACAUGUACGCAAUCUUGAGGUCCUGGUACAAUUUAUACGAUCUCAGAGGAGCUCUCAGGGUGAACAACCUCUGCCUUCUGUUCGCCAGACUAGUCUAUUCAGUUCCCUGCUGGUCAAGGCAGUGACUCAUAGGGAUAUAGCACAACUCCUGGAGAAGAACCAGGUCAGUGAUCUGACAGACUUCCACUGGGUCCGCCAAAUUAAGUAUCACCUGGGUUCAUCUCACUUGAAUCUCAAAAGCCCCCUGCAAUGUCUUACGACUACUGCAUCUACUGAGGAGCCCUCUGUGUCACCAGCUGCAUGCUGGAUAGAUGUGCUUGGCCGGUCCUUCUUGUACAAUUAUGAGUACAUGGGGCCCAAACUGGGGCCUCUACCUAGCCUGAUGCAUGAGCGGCAAGUGUUUAUUCUCUUAUUGGCCUUGAAUGAGGUGGCCUAUGGGGCCGUACUGGGCAGGGAUGGUCUGGGCAAGGCAGAAACUGUGAAUAGCCUGGCAUGGGCCCUGGGCUGCCAGCUGGUAAUAAUGCCCUGCUUGCCCCAGAUAGAGUUCCGAUGUCUGAGCAAUUACCUGAAUGGUGCCCUUCAGUGUGGGGCCUGGUUGCUGUUAGAGAAUGUUCACCAACUACCUUCUGGCCUGCUUUCUGCCCUGGGCCAGCGUCUGGAUGAACUGCACCAUCUUUACGCCCCACUAUAUCAGAAAGCUUCCAAAAACAUCAGUACCAUAAACCCUACUAAACACUUACUCCUUGGUGCUGGUUUCUUUGAGAAGCAUCAAGUGUCCGUACGUCUUGGCUUUGGCUGUUUCCUGACAUUUCAUUCCCUGAGUCCUGAUGUGCCUGCCAAUCUGCAUCUGCUACUGCGUCCUGUGGCAUUGGCAUUCCCAGACCUGCAGCGAGUGGCAGAGCUGCAACUGCUGGGAGCAGGGGUACGGGAUGCCUCCAGAAUGGCUACUCGCCUAUCCAAAUUAUUUUCCCUAGAACGUGAGCUGGUGUCUGGGACCUUGCCCAGUCGCUUGCCACUGCUCAAACAGGUACUAGAAAACACAAUAGAGACACUAAAUGCAUCUGAAGAAAACAAGUCCCAGCAACCCCACAACCUAGCUGCCGCUGAGGAGGCUGCGCUACUGCGUGCCCUGUUGCAUUCACCACUGUUCAGCAUUCUUGAUGGGCUCCGCCUACAAAAGCUCCAAGAACUGCUCUGUGGGAUUUUUCCUAAUGCUAGUCAUGUGCUGGCAGAGCCUGUGUGCCACAGGCUGAUGAAGUCAGUAGUGGUGGAAGAACUCCAGCAGUUAGGCCUGUUUCCCACCCUUAACACAUUGACGUCUCUGGAGCAGCUCAGUGAGGCCCUGAGCAAGGCCUCUGGCAUUCUGCUCCUGGGUACUGCAGGCAGUGGCAAGAGUACUUGUUGGAAGAGCUUAUUUAAGAUUCAGAAUCGUCUGGCAGCCAUGGAACAUACCUCAACCAAGGGUUUCCAAUCUGUGGAAACUGUCCACCUAUAUCCUAGUGUGCUCACUUCCCAAGAAUACCUAGGAUGGUCAGAAGGUUCCUCCUGGCACUAUGGUAUAUUUCCUAAGCUCCUUCAUGCUGCCCCUUAUUGUAAGACUGUAGGCUCAGAAGAGAAGUCAGAAAGAUUCACAGGGAUCCAGCAAUGGAUAAUAUGCGAUGGGGCUCCUAAUCAUGCAUGGUUAGACUCCAUCACUUGCCUCCUGGCUGACCGUCCCCAGUUGAGUCUCCCAAAUGGUCAACAGAUAGCACGGCCCCUAGGUACCUUUUUCUUGAUAGAGGUAGCAGAGGCAGCAGGUAUGUCUCCUACAAUGUUAGGCCGGUGUGCUCUCGUCUGGUGUUGUGGGGAACAGACUUGGCAGUCCAUGCUUAAUAUCUUGAUAACAUCUCUGCCUCAUGAAUACCAUCUACAGCAAGAGACAAUCGUGCAGUUCAACCACUUAGCUGAAGUACUAGUGCCUUCAGUGUUCCGAUUCCUUACCCGCAUAGGUGCUAGUUCUCAGCUACAGGUACAUGGACAUCAGGCUGUUUGCCCAGGUGUGGCAGAAGUCACCAGCCUGAUCCGCAUCUUGCGUGCUCUACUUGACCCCCAUCUACACUUAUUUGAGGAAGAGAAGCCACACACAAAAGAGGACUUUAGUGGCACUGAUCUUGUGACUCAAAACUUCAGAUCUUCAAAAAGCAAGGCCCAGUCUGACCGCAUCAGUGUGUAUAAAAAGGAGAGGAGACAUUUGCUGGCUAUCAGUAGCUUUCUUUUUGCCAUAAUCUGGGGCUUUGGAGCCCACCUUUCCUCCAGACACUGGCCUCUCUUUGAUGACUUCAUGAGGAAGUCUAUUAGUUCCCUGCCCAACUAUCCCGAGCCACCUCCUUCAGCCUUGGUGUUUGAUCUACAUAUAAACCUUGAAGAUGGAACACUGGUUCCCUUCACUGGCCAGUACCUGAGCACCCGUGUCAAAAGAAGUCUGGGUUCUUUCCAGCCCUCUUCUCAGAUGGAACAGCUUUUGUAUGUGGUGGACCUACUUCUGUCAAAUGGACAGCCAGUGCUGCUUGCUGGAGAGAUAGCAACAGGGAAGUCAGCUUUUGUGGAGGUGCUGGUGGAGCCAAAUCACCCUACCAUUCACAGACCCAUUAACCCUGCCUUAAAUUCUGCUCACCUUCGUAACCUGCUGAGCAGAGCAGUCCAUGGCCAAACACAAGCUGGCUCAUUUGUUGGGCCUCAUCAGGACUCCAAAGGCUCUAUCCUUUUCCUGAUGGAAGAUUUGCACCUGGCUGCUUUUGACCCAGAGAAGAGCUGCCAGCCAGUGCUGGAGACUCUGCGGCAGGCAAUGGAAGGCACCAUCUAUGCCCACAACACCUUGGAAUUACAGACUCUGCAGCCUACAGUCAACUUCCUUGCCACUGCUACAGUGCCAGGCUACUCCGAGCGCCCACUCUGCCCGCGUCUCUACCGACUCUUCACAGUGUUGGCCCUGAACAGCAUGACCCAGGACACCCUGUUGAGUAGGCACGUACCUAGUAUCCAAGCCUGGCUUGAGCGCUUCCCCUCUGUGGAGCGGGAGCAUACUCUGGCAAGAGCCCUUGUCAGGGCUUCCGUGGAGGCUUGGGAGGCUGUGUGCAAUUGCUUCAUGCCGUCACCCCUCCACCCACACUACCGCUUUUCCCCACAUUCUGUGAGCCAUAUUCUGGGAAGCCUGCAGCUGCUGCCUACCAGAAUGGGUUCACGAGGUUUUGUAGAUUCUUUCCAUCACCAGGAGCAUCUGCGCCGGGUAUCCGGCUUGCGUGGAACUCGCCUGACUAUCAUGAUGUCUAUGCGUGUCAUGGUGCGUCUUUGGUUGCAUGAGGCACAAAGAACAUUUUGUGACCGGCUGGACAGUGAUAGGGAACGUUCUCAUUGUGUUAAGCUGCUUCUAGAAGUAGCUCAGAGGGUCUUCUGUAGUGUGCCAGGGUCUGAGUCCUUGGCCAGGGACUGUGAGGAAGAGGAAGUGGAGGAGGAGAAAGUGCCUGAAGUAGAAUCUGAAGAAGAAAUAGCCCACUGGGAGAUCUUAAGCAACAGUGACAGUGGAUCAGAGGAAGAGGAGGAUCCAUUUGGCCUUCAGGCCACCACAGGGUCGUUCCUCAGUGAGAGCGGUCUAGCACCAUUGCCCAUAAAGUCAGUAAACAAGGAGAACACAGAAAAUGUAAGUCAGGUGGCUCAGCAGUUGGAAGAUAUAAGGAAUUCUAACAGUAAGCUCCAAUUAGAGACACACAAGCGCAAGUGGCAGAGAGCACCGCAGACGGACUUAAGUUUACCUUUGUUGCUACCGGUGCUAUUGUUCUAUCCCCAGGAGAAUCCCUCAGACCUGGUGUUCAGUCUGGAGCUUACACUGGGAUCUAACUUUGAGAGUCCCAACUUGUACCUGGAACGGCAGUGGGAAACCCUGGAAAAGCAGUUGGCUGCCUCAGCUGUUGGGCUGAAGAUGAACUCUGACUUUGCCCAGUGCCAUGUGAUGGUCCAGCAUGUGGCUCGCCUGGUCCGAGUUCUAGCUAGGCCCCGGCAGCAUGGUCUAUUACUCUCAGAGUUCCGGGGUACUGGGCGCAAUACAGCCAUCAUCCUGGCUUCUAACAUUUGUCAGGCUCGCCUUUUUCAUCUACCAUUUGAAUCAGAGGAAGCUGUUUUCCAGUGUCUCCGAGAUGCCAGCUGGCAUGCUGGCGUAUUAAACCAGUCAGUGGCUCUUUUGGUGCCUGAUCAAGUGAAUGUUGCUACCUUUUGCCAGCUGUUGGCCCUGGCAACCUCAGGUAGCUUCCCUGACCAGUACACAGAAGCAGAUCUGGAUAACAUCGAGGAGCAUCUCCCCAAGGAAAACCUUGUGAACAAAUACAGCAUUAAGAAGGACACAGUACUGAAUAGGUUCUACCAGCAAGUGUGUAGCAACCUCCACAUGUUCUUCCUAAUGGAAGAUGACCAAGUCCAAAAGCAGCUGCCCUCUACCCUUUUCCUGAGUCUCCUUCAAUUGACCAUUGCCAGUGUUGACCGCUAUGAACCCUGGGACCAAGCUUCUCUGGUCAGGAUUGCCCAGUUCCGUCUGGAGAAUGAUCAGAGUCUACCUCUUGAUGAUGGCUCCUUGAAGUGCCCAGAUUUCAAGAUCCUAAUUCCCAAUGUGGCCAACAUCAUGGCUCGCAUUCAUGGUUCAUCUGCCUAUUACCAUCAACACAUGUGUCCUGCACUGCCACUUGUCACCCCCAGGACCUUCCAGGACUUCUUGGAUAUGUUCCUGCAGCAGCAGCAGCAGAUGGUCCUGCAGAUGAGGAUGAGGGCCAGGCGCAUCCAAUCGGCCCUGAAGACGCUGAGGCUGCUGGUUGAGAGGCAUAGUACCCAAACCAGCAUGCUCACUGACUUGGAAAAGCAGCUAAAAGGCUCCUACAAAAAUGUCGGUAUGUAUCAAGCCCAACUUGAACAAUGUAAGAUCCUGUACAAGCAGAAGAUGGCAGAAUGCCAACACCUGGAGAGCCUCAUUGAGAAUCUGACCAGGCAGCAUGAUGCCCUAAAGGCUCAACACGAGGCUUUCCUGGAGCAGAUGGGCAAGGCAUUCGUAGGUCCUUUGAGCCAGCUGCGGGUGGCUGACUUUGAGGAGAUAAGGAGCUACCGAGCCCCACCAGAAUCCGUAGUCAAGGUGACAGACGCAUUAUGUGACCUGUUCCACCAUGAGACAGGCUGGUCCAGUGCCAAGCAGCUGUUAUGUACUGAAGACUUUUAUCAGGAGCUGGUAUUCUUCCCCAAGGAGAAGCUGAUGGACUCAGAGCUGACCAAGUUGAGCCAAGCUCUAAGGGCUCCAGGUAUGAGUGAUGCAUCCUUGAGGUCAGUAAGCAUCCCUGCAGCAAACCUGGCAGUCUGGCUCCGGGCAGUCCUGCGCUACGGGCUGGCACAACGCCGAGGAUUGCCCACUGGCCUGCUGUUGCGGCAGGUAGAUGCAACACUGGCUCGGGAGCAGGCCCGCCUUGGCCAGUUCCAGUUUCAGGCCCAUGAUCUGCUAGAGCAAACUCUGUUUUUGACUAAAAAGCUAGAAGAGGCCCAACUCAGUCAUAACCGCGUUAUGGAGACCCUCAAUCAGGCACAAUGUGGGCACUUUCACAGAUGGCCCAUGAAGUCUGCACUGCUCACACCCAUGCACAUGUGGACGACACAGCUCCAGAAGUUGCAGGAGCAAGCCAAGACUGUGUUUGGAGAUGCCCUCUUGUGCUCUGCUGCCAUCGUCUAUCUGGGUCCCUUCCCACCACAGCGUCGCCAAGAACUGCUGGAAAAGUGGCUAUCUCUGUGUCAGGGCUUUGAGGAAGCCCUGGACCCAGAUGAUGUGGCACAGGCACUGAGGCAGAAAUCUGUUAGGGUAUCAAAGGACCCUCUGCUGCCCACACGCACUCCCUUCAGGAUUUUGACCUUGCUGAGCUGUGGAUCUGAACAGCACCAGUGGGAUCGAGACCUGAAGCCCCAAGCUAAGUCAGCCCGCCUAUUAGGCCUGCUGCUGCGAAGCCACAUCCACUUCAGCAGUUCCCGUUGGCCUCUGCUGCUUGAUCCCAGCAAUCAGGCCAUCAUCUGGUUGAACCCACUACCUCCAAAGCAGAACAAGUGGUUGGAACAACCUCCCAAAGAGAGCAGAGCAAAGUACCAUGUGACAAAUCAAGACAGUGAGGAUGAAACAGAAGAUGAACUGGAAAGUGAGAACAAUGAAGAUGAAGAUGAGGUCAAUGAGCAAAGAGAAGAGCACAAAACAGAGGAAAACAAGAGUGAGGAAGAGAACAAGCAGGAAGAGCAAGAAACAGAGAAAGAGAAUGAAGCAGAGAGCACAAGCUCAGACUCAAGCUCAAGUCCACCCUCUGAGACUCAGUCUCUGCCCUCCUACCUCACUGUGCUCUCAGGCACAGACCCAGAGUUGGGUCCUCAGCUCCUGGAGGCAGCUGCCAAUGGCUUGCCUGUGCUCUUGACCAAUAUGGAGCUGAGCCUAGGGUGCCAAGAACUUCAAUGGCUGCUGUCAAAGAAGAAUCUGAUUCCACCAUAUGUGCAGCCUGGCUUCUGUCUCUUUCUGAGUACUACCUUUCCCAUCCAUGCUUUGGACCGAGUACUAGGUUAUGAAUUGCUGAAAGGGCUGAAUGUUCUGGAUCUGGGUCUGAACAUGGAAAUACUAGAAGAACAGAUGCUGCAUGAAAUUCUGUGCAGAGAGCGCCCUGAGCUUGAAACCCGCUGGCAAGACCUCAAAGUCAGAGCAGCAGAUAACUAUGAAGCUAUAAAGGCUGAUGAGGAACAGCUGCUGGUGAUAUUGCUACGCCAGAACAAAAUGCGUCAGAAACCAUCAAGGUUUUUGAGAGAAAUGGUGAGGACUCAAGCAAAGAUAUGUCAACUGAAUGCUCAAAUGGAGGAGUUAGAUGAGCAGAAGCUGGAGGUGGCAGCAUUGUGGGCACCCUACCGGCAGGUAGCUUAUUAUGGAAUGGCUAUGGUAGAAGCACUAAGCUCACUACAGAACCUGCUGCCGUUUUUCUGUAUGAAGUCAGAGAAUUGGUUGGCAGUCAUCAGAAGGGCUAUAGACAGCAUGAAGUCAUGUGAUAGUUAUCAUGGAGAAGACUUGCCCAGUCAUCUGCUACGGAUGAAAAUACACCUGGCCCGUCAAUUGCUGAUCAACACUGUGGUUGCCCUAGGAUUAAUCCAAACACCCUUGGUGGGUGCCUUCGGUGCUUUGGCUAUGCUGCAAGUGACAAAGAAGACACCAAAGCUAGAGAGACUGGCAUUAUGGCCAGGACUGUUAGCCUCUCCCAGCUCAGGCCACAACAUACAGAUCCCUGGUGUGACUAGGCCAGCCUGGCUAAGUUCAAGAGCCUGGGAAGAGUGUGGAGCAUUGGAGUUGUUGUCCCCAUUUGCUGGGCUUCGUGCAUCCCUGGCAAGUCACUCUGAUGUGUGGCAGGAUUACCUGUCACUAUCAUCCACUGUGCUGGGUCCUGCACCUGGUCCUAAUUCUGAGCCACUUAGCCUCUUCCAAAAGCUGAUUCUAUGGCGGGUACUGAGACCAGAUUGCCUGGUAGGUGCCCUAGCAGACCUCACCACCAGCCUAUUAGGUCGGCCCCUAGAUGAAGACCUGGAUGCCCCUACCAUGAUCUUUGAACAUAUUCAGCCUACUCAACCCAUACUGAUCUUACUGCCACCACCUGGCCACCCUACAGCCACCCUGCAUCCUGUGACUGUCAUCCGGAAACUGGCUGCCAGUGAAAAGCCGCAGAAGCAUCUGCAUGUGAUAGCACUGGGCUCGGAAGACUGGGAUCCUGUAUCAACUGUAGUCAACACUCUAUCCCAGGCUAUGCUGCAGGGGCACUGGCUAGUGCUAGAUAACUGUCAUUUGAUGCCCUUUUGGCCAAGAGAGCUGUUACAACCCUUGCAGGGACUGCUGGAUGGAGCCAAGGUGGUCUCAGACUCUGAACUGAUAGCUGAACCAGAAAGCAGGACUGUGGCCACUGUCCAUAGAGAUUUCCGUCUUUGGCUGAUUGCAUCUACUGAGGCCAGUACUUCUUUGCCAGGGGUGCUGACCCAGCACUCCAUGCCUGUUUUCUGGAAUCAGUCCUUAGAACUGGGCCGUAUCUUGAUCGACAGUGUGGAUUCCCAGCAAGAACUCAGCACACAAUCCUUCACCCAGACAUUUCCUUUGUUCUUCCUAUAUGGUCUUCUAGUACACAGACAGCUCUAUGGGUUAAAGCUGCAAGCACACAGGGGACGCUGGAGUCAAGUGACCUUGACCAGGGUUCUUCAGAUCCAAGAGCAGCUGUGGGCCAGUCUUAGCAACCCCAGUGCUGCCUUGUUGGAGCUGGCUGCUUCAGUUCUCUAUGGAGGUCCUUUGAGGGACCUGGAGGACAGAGAGACCCUGGUUAGCCUGACAGGAGCCUGCUUGAAUCCCAGGAACAUGAACUGGGUCCAGCCACACACACCCCAGUAUCUCCUGGCUACUCUGAUGCCCAGCCCAGAACUAGGGGAGCUGGAUGCCAGGACAGACUGCAAGGCCCAGAUGCACCUACUGCCCACACCAUCUGAACCUCGUACCUGUGGACUAAACGAGGGGCCCCAGGUCUGGCUGUUGAGACGCCAAAGUCGUGCUCUCCUGAAUGCGCUGCGGCAGUGUUCAUCCACCUGGGUUCCUACAGUUUGUGGAGGAACUGUCCAGCGCAAAGAAAGGCGACUUCGGCACCGCCUAGUGCAAGCCAAGAAGAGGCUGGUGGCACUUCAGGCUUUGCUAACCAACAACCGUUUUCGCUCAGGCCAGUGUGUCACCCCCUGGGCAGUGUUAGGACCCAAUGCCCGGCCACCUCUAGAGGGCUUCUUAGAGACCGAGGUGCUGGAACUGAAGCAGCUGGUGGGUAUGCUGCUGCGUGACCUUGACUGCCUAUUACAGCAGCUGAAGGGCGAGACCCCGUGCACUUCCAGCCGCUGUGCUGAGGUGGCCCAGGCUCUUUGGGCUGGGCGCCUACCUCAGCCUUGGAGAUCUCAUGCACCUGCUGGUCCACAGCUUCCCUGGCUAUGGCUGCGACAACUGUCCCGCCGUGGGCACCUGUUGAUUCAAUACCUGGACAGUGGCAUGAGCGAAAAUGCCAACGGACCAGAGCGCAUAUUUCACCUGUCAGCUUUUCGCCAUCCCCGUCGCCUGUUGCUAGCGCUUCGUUGGGAGGCUGUCCUGGAGAACUCAGGACACAGCCCCAAGCUUCCUGGUCACCAAGGCUCUGGCUCUGGCAAUCUCCCACCUAGACGUCAGGAGUUGAACAACCACCCUCUGCAUAUCUGGGUGGAGAAUGGCCCAAAUCCCAAAGUUCCUAAGAUGGGACUGCUGCUGAUUGGGUUACAACUCCAGCACGCGGCGUGGGACCAGACAGAUGGAGCCUUGAAGGACAGUUUUUCCAGCCAACCCUGUCCUCUGCCUCCUGUCAGUGUCAGCACACAAUCCCGGGGUGCCAAAGAUGCAUCAGUCUCAGCUGGCCUGGGCAUAUACUCCUGUCCUUUAUAUAUGACUGGGCCCCUUGGCACCACCAAGCUGCAUAGCAAGAACAUCCUGAUGCGCCUGCCACUACCCACAAGGCUCAGCCCUGAUACAUGUAUUCAACGGAGAGUCCAUGUGUGCAGCCCAACUUUAACCUGAGUCCUGACCAAAAUAAAGCUGUAGUGAUGUCAGGAA